ACAUAAACAAUCGGCGUAAACUAUAUUUUGGUAGUGGCUCCAUGAUAAACGCUUCACCUGUCAACUCGCUGGCUCGCUGCCAGGUUGGAAACCGGAAGCGGUCGUCAUCCAAGCGGAAUAACCUGAUGUAAAGUAGUAGUAGUAAAGGAACUCUACAUCAUAAGUAAUAACUUUGAUCUUUGGCCAUAUCCUCAAGCUUAUGUUUCAAUUUUUCAAGCUUUGUUUACCUCAACUUCAUUUCGACCCAUCUUUGGCUGCCAAGGGAUCCUUAUAGAACUAUUCGAGCACAUGAGCACAUGGGACAGCUUCGCUUUGAAGGUAACCCUAUAGAGUUGGUUUGGGCUUCGUUGAGUUAGCUGUCAGAUUUGAUGACUUGCCAUGUGACCCAGGAAAGGCAUAACUCAGUUACCCAAUUACCGGCAGCCUGAACGCUUCGAACAGUUCAAAGUGUUUCUUUUUUCUUUCUGGAAAAUCGUAAUCUUUCAAUCUGUUCAAAAAUUUGGCCGACUGCGUCGACAAAACUAUACAAAAACCGGUAAGAAAUCCUUAAAGGCUAAAUGGAUUCCGAGGAUUUUGGAAGCCUUCAAGAAGGCGAGCAGCAGGCGGGGGAAUAUACACUGGCCGAGAUUGAGGUCGAUAUGGAGUCGCAGCUGACUCCCAAUGACCUGGACCCCGGUGCCACGGUGCUGCUCUCCAUCGAGGGCGACGAAGACGGCGAGCGAAUUAUGAGCCACGAGGAUCUAUCCAGGUGGUUUUUGGUAGAGCCGGCCGCAAGCCCGGCACCAAUGCCCACAGAUGUAGUGGUGCAGCGUACCCUAGAGGACCCAGCUCUCAAGCAGAUCCUCCAGGAGGCCGACGGCAAGCCGGACUUUGAUCCCGAGGCGGAGCAGAUGAAGAUACGCAGCUUCCUUGCAGGCAUUACGCACAGCAAGAUGACCACAGAGCAGUCUGUAUUUCAAGGAUACCGCCCCAACACAACAGGCUUUGGCAACCGGAGUAAGUGCCCCGAUUGCCUUGGCAGUUUCGAUGCCUCGUCGUUUCAGAAUCACUUGUGCAGCACCGAGGUCGAAAGGAAGUCCAAUCAGAAGUCCGUCGCCGAAGCUGUGGCUGACAAGCAGGCGGAGAAGCCACCAGCAGCAGCAGCAGCAGCACCUGAUCCCCCAGCUCCUCCUUCCCCCAGCAAACCGAACAGCAUACGAGUGGUGGCAGAAAACCAGAUCCGCCUGCGUCGCUUCUUGAAUGAUGAGCUGAAAUACGACAUAAACCCCGGAGUGGAUGGCUCGAGCAGCCGUAAGUCCGGUAAGGGACUUCACGAGUGCAGCAAGUGCGACCGCAAGUUUGUCCACGCCUCUGGGUUGGUGCGCCACAUGGAGAAGCACGUCCUGGACCUAAUCCCUUCGCAGAGUAAACCACAGCCGGCCGCAUCUCUGGCGGCCGGUCUCACUGCCGUGGUGAAGUGCAACUUCUGUGGACGGAUCUUUUACGAUCCGCAGGUGGCGUUGGAGCACGCCCACGUUCACUUUGAGGUACAUCCAAUAGCCAAUAGCCAAUCGGAAACGGCGGUCAAGUACACCACCAAUGUAGAUUUUAAGCAGCUUAUAAAGGACACGGAGUCGCUGCUGAGCGACGUUUGCUCGGGAGCGGCGAAGCUAGGGAAGCAGAAGAACAUGGAGGUGCUGGUGAAGAUGGAGAAGCUAGAGAAGCCGGAGGAGCUUAAAAAGCUGGAGAACCUGAAAAAAGUAGAGAUCCUGAACAGCCUGGAAGAGAAUUUAUUUAGCAUCUUGGUGCUGGGCAGCGUCCUGCAGUGUGAGUUCUGCGAAUACCUGUUCUCCGACAUCAGGGAGCUCCUCGCCCAUUCGGCCACUCACCCGGUAAAGCGGCGAUUCGAGUGCACCGCCUGCGACAUUAAGAUGGAUACUGCCAAGGAGGCCAGACUGCAUUUCGAGACGGACUGCAUCUUCAUGCGCGAGUCGCUGAAGUCGCUAAGCGUUUCGGUCAGCCGCUUCUUUGCGUGCAAUGUGUGCGAGCUAAAGUUCGCCAACUCUGAGCUGCUGCAGGAGCAUCGCUGCACCUACCAUCACUACUUUCCGCGGCUCAGUCCGCAUGGCGCGAGCCUGCUGCUCCCCUGCGAGUUCUGUGAGGUGAUAUUCGAAUCCGCCCGCGAGGUUCAGCCGCACAACGAGGAGAAACACCUAAGCAAGAAGAAACGAGAGAAGGAGACGCGUGGCAGCACGACCAGCGGUCGCCAGCGGCAGUACCUGUGCGACAUCUGCGGCAAGUCCUACACCCAGUCGAGUCACCUGUGGCAGCACCUGCGCUUCCACCAGGGUGUGAAGCCCUUCGUAUGCCCGGAGGAUAAAUGCGACCGCAAGUUCACCAUCCGACCGGACCUCAACGACCACAUCCGCAAGUGCCACACGGGCGAGCGGCCGUUUCACUGUCAGACGUGCGGCAAGCGUUUUCUCACCGGCUCCGUCUUCUACCAGCAUCGCCUCAUUCAUCGUGGCGAGCGGCGUUACGAGUGCGAACAAUGUGGCAAGCGAUUCUAUCGCGCCGACGCCCUCAAGAACCACCAGCGCAUCCACACCGGGGAGAAGCCGUUCAGUUGCCUUUUCUGCACCAAGACAUUUCGCCAGCGCGGCGAUCGCGAUAAGCACAUGAGGGCCCGCCACGCACACCUCGAUGCCAACUCGCGCCUCAUGAUGCAGAUGCAGAAGUUCCAGCUGGAGUCGGCCGCAGCCGCCAAGGCCAAGGGGGAGAAGACCCCGUCCGGAGUUGCGAUGGCUGCCUGUGGUAGCCACCCCUUGGCAGAGGGUUUGGAGCCCGGAGAGGUAGUGGCUUCAGAAGAGCAUCUGCACGAUCCCGAGCCAAACGGAGACAUGCCAAACUAUUUUGUAGUGGAUGAGUAUGUGGAGGGUGAGCCUGGGGAGAAUGACCUGAACGGUUUCAAUAUGCAGCAGGGUGUCUGUACCCUGGAAGAGGAGGGCUGCACCAUGGAGGAGGAGGAGCAGCAGAUAAUUCUGUACGAGACUCAGCCAGGAAGGGAUUUGAACUUGGGAGACGACCAGCAACCAGGACAGGAUUUGAUCACCUUCGACUAUAAGGAGGCUAAUGAGGAGCCAAUGCAGGACGAGGACUAUGUUCAAAUGCUUCAGGGCGACGAAAAUGCCAGGGUUGUGGUUGUGCAGAACAACCCAGCUCAGCCUAUGUUUUCCAAUUCCUACAUGUAAUCUCAUUUAAAUUCAAGCAAGGCGCAACACGAAUGAAGCCAUUUCCAGUGACGGGAAAUAUGGGAUAUCCUACUAUCUAUGUACAU